AUGGUUGAGGAAAGCAAACCUAUGCUGCUGAAUCCAGAAGACCGCAAUCACCCCGCAGAAGAAACAACCAACAACGAUAGCGUUCAUGAAUGUGACAUUGCCUCUACUGAACGUCCAGAUGUCCAUCCUACACAAGAAGAGACGACGCACAAUACUGCUAGUGAACAAGACAGUUAUAACUCUGGUGAUAACACAGCACCUGAUCCAACUACAGAGGCUUCCUCAUCUGCCGGGGCAGUUGAGGGAAAUCCUGCGAUGAAGGGAUGUAUCAACGUGUGGAACAUUCACUAUGGAGACAAUGUACAUGUACAUAAUUAUGACAUACCGCAAUCUCAGUCAUUGCCAUGUGAUAGCAUGCCAGACGAUACAGAGGACACCGGGAACAGUGAAAAUGUCCCAGAGGAAAGCAAUGUUGGCGACAAUGCUGAUGAACUGAACGUUGCACAAAACAGAGCUACACGUCUAGACGAGAUGGAAACAGAUUCUGCUGGGGAAAACUCACUGAGGCCAGAGCCUGAAGGGGAAGUGUCCUCUGACAAUAGAGAUACAUAUGAGCAAACCGAACCAAAGACUGUGUAUCCAUUUACAACUGCCGAAUGUGAGCAAACGGAACCAAAGGCUCUUUGUUCUUCUACAUCUGACGAAUGUGAGCAAACGAAACCAAAGACUCUGUAUCCAUCUACAUCUGAUGAAUGUGAGCAAACGGAACCAAAGGCUAUGUGUUCUUCAAAAGCUGAUGAACGUGUACAGACAGAACCGAAGACGAUGUGACGAGUCAAUUAAAUUUGACCAAAAGGUGUAGUUGGGGUCAUGUCAAUCCCCGUGUCUGUCCGUCCGUCCGUUAACAACCGACUCUUAACUGUACUGUCUCAGGGUUCAUAUUUAGCUUGAAAAUGUGAUAUCUCUGAAACCACUCUUCCAAAUGCAGAGAUAUUUUAUAAGUCGUUUCUAUGUUAUAGAUUGUGGUCAGCACAAACGACCUUUGACCUAUUUUCUGAAGCGACUUUAUAUUCACUAAAUGUUCCCUAAAAACAAAAGUCCAGCUAUUUAAAAAAAAAAAUAAAAAAAAAAAAUGAAACAUUAAAGUUGGACCCUAUGCCUACAUGUAUCUACAUUAAGCCUCCUCCUCUGGCUUUUUCUUGUAGUACGCCUGGCUGAAUGAGAAAGUCUAAUUCGACUGCAACCAAGUCCUCCUUUAUCAAAGUGCGUUUUUGACGAGAUCUGGCCUUGACUUCGAUCGAUAUAUUUUGUAAAUCUGUGCCAUUUUUAGGCCAUGUAGGCCUAUAUAACUUGGCAGUAUCCUGCAUUGUGUUACUGCAGCCGCAAGUCACGCUUGGAAUAAUCUCAAAAUUAGUUGUAAAAGCAUAGCGAUCAUCUCCUGUGGUC